GCCAGGAUAAACAGUUCCUUGCGCGCUUUCAACUGCAAAGGUUGCCCCAAAAAGGCACCUAGCCGUAUACAACUGGCAGAUCCCCAAAACUUCAACAUUGUCCGAAAUUCGUCGAAAGUCAUAAAAACUUAACAAAUCCCCCAGUUUAGCACAAAGGGUCGUUUAACUUUUAACGACGCGACGGGGUAAUUUUAUUGCCGGAGUCGUGGCCCGAUAACAGUGAUAACAAAGUAGCCGCGUUAACCAAAAAAGUUUCACACUUUCCGUGCUCGAAAUCAAAAGGCGUAAUCGUAAAACGCGGCCAAGUGUUGCGAUUUAUGAGUUCACAAUCGUAAUUGAAUUUUAUGCGAAAACUUUGCCCAGUUUUCCUUUGGAUUAUUGUGGCAAUAAGACGAAAACGCAAACAAAGGUCGUGAACAUAACGAAAAUUGCCGCCAAAAAUUGAUACCAAGCUCAUGAACGGACUCAACUUGCAUCUGUGAACGUGGCCGACUGAAGGAAAGCCCAAUGAAAAGUUUGGUUGCCCCCCAACCAAUUCAUUCCGAGUGGAGCAACAGCAACAGCAACGGCAAGAGCAAGUGAACCCCUGCGGCUGGCCAACCACCCACACGCCACCCACUCGCCACCCACUCUAGUCAAAUUUAAUAAAAGGCCGCGCCGAGCUUCGUCCUGGUGGUGACUGGAACUCGCUGCUGAUGUCCUGAAUUGUCCUGGCGGGCUCACGCAGUGCGACAAAAGCCGCCCGCAGCGCUUUUUAUAUGCGCACAUAAUUCAGAGCGUCGGCCAGUAACACCCGCUGCCAAAAGUUAAUGCCCAAAAGCGAGGCCGCCACAAUGAUAACCAACAAUAAUUUGGAUUAUGACCAGGCCAGCGCCAGCAGCACAAUAAUAGCAGGAGCUACAUCGACGACCGCGAGCACAGCGGCAACAUCGGUGGCCAUGAGCAACAGAAAUGGCAGCACCAGCAGCAGCAGCAACUCCUCGCCCACGGCGGACAAUUCCAAUUCCAAUUCCAACUCGAAUUCAAACGCAAAUAUAAAUCGGAAUUUGAAUCAGAACCCCAACUCGAACUCCAAUACAAACUCCAAUUCGUAUUUCAACCGAUUCGACAACCGCAUAGCUGCCAACUUGGCUGCCGUUUUAACUGGCGCAGGAGCUCGCUUUCGAUCCUCAUCCUGCAGCAAUCGCCAGCCAGCUGGAGUGGCAAAUCCGGCCGUUUUAAGAUCACCACUCGCCACAAUUAGCCGCAAGACUAGUCUGGCCACGCCCCCUUCACCAGCGAGUCUAGGACGACGUCGCCCACUGCAACUCUUCACGCACGCAAAUCUCAAUUGCAAUGACAACGAGAAGGUGGCCCAAACACCGAGCUCCGACGAGGACAAUUCGCCCACCGAACUAAACAGCUGCAAGCGAUUGGCAGACAAGCCUCCUUUGGUCAAACGCUUGACAAUGGGCUUGCUGCGCCAAAACGAGGAGUCACGCCCACUGGUGGGCGACAUGACCCCUUUGAGCGCGCCGCUGGACAUCCAGCCGGUGUACUCGAAUGGCUACAUCAACGAGGACUCCUACAUCGACAGCAAGUUCGGUGACUCGUGUCGCCAAUCCUUGACAGCCAUCCCGAUGCUGGACAACGUUAACCUGAAUGACAAUAACGAGUUCAACCUGAAGAAGCGCUACUUAAGGGAAACGAGCAGCGCCAAUUCCAGUCCGAAAAUCUUUGCCAAUCGCCUGCGGAUGAACCAGGGUGCCGGUGGUCAGCGGUGCAGCAGUUUGGCCAACGCAUUUGGAAAUGUGGGAUCCGAUGAGGAGGAUCUCGAGCUGAAGGAUGCCUGCUGGUACCAGGCGGGCAUUUCCAGGGACAUAGCCGUUGAGGUCCUGCAAAGCAAGAGCCCAGGUGCGUUUCUCGUGCGGAAGAGCAGCUCCAAGCCAGGAUGCUAUGCACUGACACUGCGCGUACCCUCGCCACCUGGGCCAAAGAUAGCAAACUACAUAAUCCUACGAUCCCCAAGAGGUUACAAAAUCAAGGGCUUUCGCAAGGAGUUCUCCAGCCUGAAGGCCCUGAUCACCCACCACUCGGUGAUGCCCGAACUGCUGCCCGUCCCACUGGCCAUGCCCCGUCCCACCAACAUGUCAUCCUCGCGGCGGAAUCUCGACGACUUCGAUACCUACGAUUCGCUGCAGAUGCUGCUGAAGUAUCUGCGUGCCAAGAACAUGGAGACGGAGCAGCAGCAGUAGCUAAUGGAGGAAAUCGAUCAACUGGUAGCACAAAAUUACAUUUAAGUUCUGGUGCGGCAAAAUAGUUUUGCUUGAAUCGAACCGAUACCGAGAAAAUGUGAUACUCUAUGAAAAAGAAAAACACAGACACUGCAAAUGAAACGCCUAGCUGAUAAAUGGUGAAAGUAUCUCUAGUUUAGUUUAGUUUAGUUCGGGUUUUGGUUGUCCCCAUUUGUUGGUUUGGUGCAUCGACGUUAUGUAGCCAUAAAAAUGGUGGAAAAGUGCUUAAGGUUAUAGCAAAGUCGGGGACUUUUGCAAAUUCAAUGGUUAUUCGAACACUUAAGUGGACAUUAUAAAUUGUCAUUUUUAAAUUUGAAUAAUUUGACCAAAAAAUUGGUCAGUCAUGAGUGUUUGUUUUUCAAUUUUCUUUCAGCACUUUCAACUGCAAGCCUAUAAAUAUAAUUCAAAAAUUAUAUAAUAUUCCAUGUAAGGAAAACUCUAUGUUAAAUGUUGUUGCUGCUUCCCACUGUUAAGCAUAAAUAAAUAUAUACCAAAUUGAAAUGCAUAUUUAAAUGUAAGCAAAACAGACACGAACCGAAAAUCGACCCAAAAAUGUAAAUAAUUCACUACCGUAACAUAAUUGAGUAAAUAAAGUUGUUUAAUUUAUAAUAAAAAAAACGCAGAGAAACAAUAAAAAAGAAAACACUGAACACGAGUAA